UCCAUUGACAGCUCGACAUCUGUUUGUAUCAGCUGAUCGGAGUUUCGCCUACAUAUCACACGUAUGUACACCGUAUAAACGAGAAAUAACAUUGGAGCAAAGUAACUUGCAUUAUCAAUGGAUUCCGACAAUUACGCGGUGGAAUUAAUACGUCAAGACAUUGUCAAAUACCAACUUCAAGUGAAUGCUUUAAUACAAGACAUACAGCAAUGCAGUGGGCCGCUGGAAGUGCUGGACGAACUCAACGCAGAGGGCAGAGCCAAGAUAGCAGUUUUGAAAUUCUCCAUAGAGCAUCUGGCAUCCGUCGCCGAAACCGAGAUGGAUAAAAUGAAGAGGGCCGAACUGCUAUCUGCCGUGGAUAGUUACAAGGAACAGCUGAACACUUCCUUGGCCGCCUUCCGCAAGGCCAAUGUUGUCAGUGCAUGUGUCAUUGAUAAACUGGCGAGAGAGAAUCUGUUCUCUAUGCCGGAGGAACGACAAAACGCUCUCCGUAGACGACAUGACAAACAGAGCUUGACGAACGUGUCCAGCCAACUGACAGACAAGUUGCUUAGUAUUUCCAGACAUCUGGCCGAAACAUCUCAAAGAAGCGCUGAUACGCUAGAUACUUUGUUAACAUCUUCAGACAAGGUCGGCAGUACUAAGGACGAAUUGGAGCAUCAGCAACAAGCUAUAGUACAAUCAGGAAAACUGUUAGGGAAAUAUGGUAGACGAGAAGUCACUGAUAAAGCGCUGCUCGCAUUGGCAUUUGCCUUUUUCCUUGCCUGUGUAUUUUACAUUCUACAAAAAAGAUUCUAAGCGUGUAUAAAGUUUUAAGAUAUAUAAGAUGUAUAGAGCUUAAGAUGAGAUAUUAAAUUGUUUAUAUAAUAAUGCAAAUUCUUAUAAGGGGACGGGAGAAGAAGAAAUAAUGUGAUAUAUAUUAUAUGUACUCUUUAAGAAUG